AUGAGCGACGCCGACAAUUAUUUCGGCCCGCAGGUCAAUGGCUACUUUGACUUCACCGUACUCUUUGAGCAGAGCAUAUUGUCCAUCCUGCCCACCGCCCUUCUCAUCAUCCUUGCUCCGGUUCGCAUCACCUGGUUACGUCGCAAUGACAUCCGCGUUCGAGCAGGAAAGCUGCUGUGGUUGAAGCUGAUCGUUCUCAUAGCACUAUGGUCCAUACCAUCAACACCCAGAGCUCGCACCUCGGUCGCAGAAAGCGCGCUGGGCUUGAUCGAAGCAAUCGCCCUCGGUGCCCUAUCUUACACGGAGCACAAGCGUUCCAUCAGGCCUUCGGUACUCAUCGGCCUGUAUCUGUUUCUUACCAUCGUCCUCGACAUCGCGCAAGCCAGAACACUAUGGCUCAGAGACGGUCUGAGCACGGUCGCGGGCGUCUUUACUGCCUCUUUGGUAGUCAAGGUGGUCGUUCUCGCUCUUGAAGAGACUCCCAAGCGAGUUCUUUUGGCCAGCAGUGAGAAAGAUGUUGCCGUUGAGUCCACUACCGGUGUCGUCAGCAGAAGUCUCUUCUGGUGGCUCAAUUCGUUAUUCUUCCAGGGCUUCAGGCUUCUCAUCGGUCUUGAAGAUCUGGGUGCCAUUGACCCCAAAUUUGACUCGGCGCGCCUGCUUGGCAUGCUAGACAGAGCGUGGGCUACAAGUAAGAAGGAUAGCAAAUGGAGCUUGGUCAUCAGCACGUUCUGGGCAUACAAAAUCACCUUCCUUGCUGGUGUUUUGCCCCGUCUUUUGUUCGCGGGCUUCACGUUCGCUCAACCGCUGCUCGUCAACCGCAUAGUCAACUUCGUCGGCAGCCCUUGGGGGGAGGACUCAAGGAACGUAGCUGCCGGCCUGGUCGGCGCUACGGCUUGCAUCUACGUCGGACUUGCCAUAUCUCGAUGCUGGUACCAGCACAUGACAUUCCAGCUCGUAACCCUCUUCCGCGGCGGACUCGUGUCGCUCAUCUUCAAGAAAACCUUGGACCUAGACGCGUCGGCGAUCAAAGACUCCGCGCCAGUCACGUUGAUGAGUGUCGACAUCGAGAAUAUCGCAGUGUCUUUGACUUUCAUCCAUGAUAUCUGGCCUGCGGUUGUUGAGCUUCCAAUUGGGAUCUACCUCCUGUACCGUCAAGUCGGACCACCUUGCUUCCUCCUUCUCAUCCCCGGGCUCCGUGAGUAA